AUGCCACCCGGUAUGAGGGCCUUCGGUGGCCAAGGGCCUUUCCCUCAGCACAACUUCCCAAGUCAUGGUCAGCCGCAAGGAGGGCCGCUUGGCGCAAAUCAAUAUCAUGCGCAGAUGGGAUUCUCCGUCACAAAUGGAAAUGCUUUCGGUGCUGGCGGCCUAAAUGGGCCCACGGCAGCGUUCCCGGAAACAGGGUUCGGCAGUCAGAGUGCGCGCAUGGGCUUCGCCCAUGGAUCUGGAGCCGGGUCACUACAACCACAGCAUCAUGCAGCGCAAGCACAUCACGGUCUAGCGGAUCAUCAACCUAUGCCUCUCAGGCAACAUCCUAAUCGAGGAAGGAUACGGGAGGUGUGGGCUCACAAUCUUAAAGAGGAGAUGGCCAAUCUACGGGACCUGGUGGAUAAGUAUCCGUACAUCGCCAUGGACACGGAGUUUCCAGGAAUCGUUGCGAGACCAAUGGGGGCGUUUCGUGGAAAGAGCGACUAUCACUACCAAUGUCUCCGGACGAAUGUCGAUAUGUUGAAAGUCAUCCAGAUCGGACUGACUUUGUUCAACGAAGACGGCGAACCCCCGCCCGCGCGACCUGGGCCCAACGAUUUGGAUGUCGGGGCUGCCCGCAAGCAGAACCAACCUAUGCCCUGCUCCUGGCAGUUCAACUUCAAAUUCAGCCUAAACGACGACAUGUACAACGAAAAAUCGAUUGAGUCCUUGCAGCAAGCCGGCAUUGACUUUGCGCAGCUGGCGAGGGACGGCAUUGACCCCCACGACUUUGCGGCGCUGCUCAUUCCCUCUGGGUUAGUGUGCUUUGACGAUGUCAAGUGGAUAUCCUUCCACGGUGGUUACGAUUUUGGGUAUCUCACCAAACUGCUUAUUUGCACGCCUUUGCCGAACGACGAAGUGGACUUUGACCAUAAGAUGAAACUCUACUUCCCGAGCACAUACGACGUCAAACACCUCAUGAAGCACGCCAUACGCCUCCAUGCCUCUGGUCUGCUGACGCCGCAUGACCCAGCAAUCGCCGAGAUUCUGCAGAAAUUUGAACACAAGUCCGGCCUGGAGAACAUUGCCGAGACAUUCAAGGUGAAACGCGUCGGCAACGCUCACCAGGCUGGCUCCGACUCCCUGCUCACGGGCAAGGUGUUUUUCCAGAUCCGCGACAAGAUCUUCAACGGCGAGAUCGCCAACGAUCACAUUGGCAAGGUCUGGGGUCUCUCGGUCCCUGAGUCCCAUCUCCUCACGGCCUCCAUGAUGAACCAGUCCGGGGCCGGCGACAACAAGGACAACGGACAGAAUGGCGAUCCCAGCACACCGCAGACCCACCCCGUAGGACUUGCUACAACGCCCGCUGCGCAGAGCCAUAACACGAAUGGCCUUCCGAAUAUGGGGCCCAUGACACCGGGUGGGGGUGGCGGCGUGUUUGGCAGCUUCGCAUUCACCGGGGGGAAUAGGUAA